AUAUCUGGGAUCCCAGUGAAUAUAUUUUUCAUGUGUUUAUGUGUUUAAACAUACAAACUGAUUGCAAACGUUUCAUAGUGAUACUGAAACCUGACAGGUUCGUGUCGGUGCGCUAGUUUCAGUGAAAUAUUUUCCACAAAACAGAAAACAGACAAUCGGAACCAUGUCGGAAGCUCGUUAUACCAGGAUCACGCAGUCAACAACUGAGUCUUUGGAAGUAUUCUGGGUAGAAGACGCUUCAAUUAGUGACAGAAAGAUAUCUUUCGGCUAUAAACUAGACGUUGACAAUGAUUACUUCCACUAUAUACGAUUAGUAUUGGAGGUUUUGGGACGAUCUCUUCUGCGAAAACAAUCACAGAAAUGGGGAAAAACACGUUUUCAGUUUGAUACACUGGUGUGCUUCAUGUGUAAAGUUUUCAUUAAUUGUGAUCCAUUCCUGCCAUUUCAAAGCAUUGAUGAAAAGCUUGAACUUGUACGAAAGGAAUCAUCAAUUAAAAUCGAAAAAAGGAAACGGAUCAUAGAGAAUGCUCCGAAACGCCUUCGGCAAGAAUCAGUUUAUAUAUUUCUUUUUUAUAUGGUGAGACGCAAGUUAAUUUUAGCCCAGUAUCAAACGCAAAAACUUGAAAAUUUUAGAGAUGAAAUUUGUACUCUAAGACUUCGUUCUACUAUCACUAAAAGAACUUCAGCACAGACUGUAAUGUGCAGGUUUUCCCCUCAAUCUAAUAUCAAUGUUGUCACAAACAUAACUGAUGUUCAAUUGUUGUGUAUAUGUGCUACUUACAUUCAAACUAAGCUGAAAAUGUGUGCAAAUGUCGUUUUAUUAUGUCAGCAUAUUCUUUCUGUGUUAAUGGCUAAACACUUUCUGACAUUGUCAAUAAUAUUCAUAUCGAGAAACAGUGCGUUAUCAACGUAUUCAAUUUCAAGUCUGCGGAAGAAAAUAUGGCUUCCACCUGACCAAUUGCAAUACAACCGUACGUAUACAAUCUUUCCAGCAUUUGCACCCAUGAUGUCAAUAGUUGACAGACUCGCAAAGAAAGAAAAGGUCCAUCCAAAAGAGAGUAUGCGAUACGAAAUGAUGCGAUUCUGUACUUUGCGCUCCUACCCAGCCGAGGGCAAACCGUCUGUACUCAAAUUCGCAAAAGCAGGUUUCUAUUAUGCUUCGAACAAAGACGAAGUUAUAUGCUAUUGUUGCGCUAAACGCAUUUCGAACUGGAAACCUGACGAUGACCCAUAUCAGGCUCACAAAAGAAUUACACCGAACUGCAGCUUUAUUGUAAACAAUGGAGAAGUAAACGUCCCUGUUUCAAGCGAUACGGGUUCUAAUUCAAACGAUGUUCUUCAGAAAAUCAUCACCGACCUAGACAAGAAUAACAAUGUUUGGAGAUUUGAUACUGAAAAUUCCGGAAGUGACAGUAAAAACGAUAUUGCAACUGAUGACGACGAAGAAAACGAAGACUUAAACAAUGGAAAUCCGUUAGUAACUGAGAACUACAAAAAAGAAACAUCAUUUGUUCCGAAACGGAACUACAAUGUGAUAGACACUGUUUCCCGAGGUAAGGACAGUGGUUAUGCCAGUCUACCAAUAGAACCUACAAAUACAUCUGGAAGUCUGGAUGAGGAUUGCUUCAGUCCAGAACCACAAGGCGGAUUCGCAUCAAUGGCUCCGAUAUCAGAGAAUAGUAGAAUAAAUCCAUCUAUUCAGACAGGAAUAACUUUGCCACUGAAGGAUUUUGAAAGUCAAAUUGCAAACAUUAACACUAAAGCCUACCAACCAGCUCAAGAAGACAGACCACGACAGAGAACUUCAAAUAGGCAGUCACGGAUACGAACACGACGUCAACGUCAGCAAUCGUCAACCCAAUCUGAAAGUUCCGGAAACACGGCACGUACACUAAGGUCCAACGAAACAGUUGUUUCUAAUGUGCAAACCACUGUUUCCACACGAACAGCAAGAAAUAGAAUAGGCCUUAACACGCAAAUUCCGAAGCAUCCGAAAUACUCGACCAUUUCUUCGAGAAUAGCGAGUUUCAACCAGUGCCCAGAAAUUCACGUUAUGCCUAGAACCCUAGCAGAGGCGGGGUUUUAUUACGCCGGAAUCGGGGAUUGUACCAGAUGUUUUUGGUGCGGCAUAGGCCUCCGGCAUUGGACACGCGAAGACGAUCCGUGGACUGAACAUGCCAGAUUCUCAUUGGACUGCAAUCACGUGCUUAUUAACAAGGGUCAGGAGUUCAUUAAUUUAGUAAAACUCGCAUUGGACCUCACAGAAGAAAAGGAUGAAUGCCCGCAAGCUCAAGCUUCAGAAGCGCCAACAGAAAAUCAUGAAACCGGAAGACCAAAGGACGACGUAGAAGAUUUAAUGACAUCAGACGCUGCACAAAGUGUUAGGGACAUGGGAUACAACGAUGAUAUAAUCAGAAUUGCAAUUCGCGCGAUUAUCACUUCUAAAGGUAAGCCGGUCCAAAGAAAGGCAAACUUGAAUGUAUUCGAGCAUGUUUUCGAAACAUCGUCUAGCACAACAUGUACCGACCAGAUUAAGUUUUUGAAUUAUGUUGACUACGUCAUUUCUUUAUUACAAAUCAAAUAUUUGUCUGUUAACAAAUAUGCUGUGUACAUACACAAUAAAGUUAAAUUUAUUACAAAAAAGCAUUACUUGAUUUUACAGGCAAGUAACAUUAAAUGGGAUAAAUAUCAUGGAAGAAAUACUUCGAAUACACAAUGUUGAUAAUAUUACAGCAAAAUGAACAUGAACUUAAUUACAGGAAAGGAAAAACUAAACGGGAUGAAUAUCAUGGAAGAAAUCUUUCGAAUUGAAGAUGAACCUGUUAACAACAAAAAUGAUUCUACCGGGGCCAGCUCAACAGUUCAAACCAUAACAUCAAGAUCAACGGAAACAUGUACACCUGUGCAGAAAAAUGAGAAUACCACUGAUGGCAACAAGUCAGGACAAGAAACAGCUACAAGCAUCCAAACAGAGGAGUCCCAAUGUGCAUCGGCUGAACUUGAAAAAAAGACGGUUGAACAUCGACACAAGCGGCGUUUGUUGAAUGAAAAUAAGGCUCUCAAAGAAAGCACCAUGUGCUCGUCAUGCUCAAAAAAGGAAGUCUGUAUUGUAUUCCUUCCUUGCGGACAUUUAAUUUCCUGCGAACAGUGUGGGAGUUCUGUAAGAACAUGCAUGACAUGCGGUCAGAGAGUUCGCGGUACGGUGCGUACUUAUCGUGCUUAAAGGGGAUACAUAGAAUGUCGAGACAUAUGCCCCAUAGUGGCAAUUUUUGUGUAUAUAUCCAGGCAUUAGCAUUAAUACUGAUAACAAAACUUUUCAUUUGUCCAAUGUAUUGAAAAGUCCCUGUUCAUACUAUGAAAAUGAGUGGGUUAUCUUUAAACGCUCGUAAUAUUGGAUAAUUUUGAAGUUGUUUUUCUUUCUUAUUAAAAGGAAACCGAUAGAAGCAUUCUGAUAUUGAGAUUACGAAAUGCCGUUGCAAAUGAUAGUUUCAAUUUGAAACACUCAAACAGUUUAGGCGAUUGGUUUAAUCUACCAGUAAUAUAUUGUUCAAUGAACAAUCUGUGAUAAAUUGUAUGGUUUUCUUAUAUGUCAAUAAAGUUGUACUUAUAUCAUUCUUUGAAACCAUUGCUCACCUUUAUCGUUUCUUUUGUUCGUUUGAUGCUUACAGAUGGAAACUGUAUGUUUUGCUUUGUUUCUUGUAAUAAAAUGUAGUAAAAAUGUUA